GGCGGGGGACUGCAAUUAGCUGGCACGCAACACUUCCCGAAGGUUGUGAGAUUGUGUUUCCUUUCCUUUUUCCUGAGGUUUGGCGAAGGGUAAAGGGUCGGAGUCACAUGGAUACAAAGCUUUUUGAUUAAUGUCCAAGUUUCUGUGAGAGAGAGAGAGAGAGAGAGAGAGAGAGAGAGAGAGAGAGAGAGAGACAGACAGACAGACAGACAGAUAGACAGACAGACAGACAGACAGACAGACAGACAGACAGACAGAGAGGUAGAGAGGCAGAGACAGAGGGAGAGGGUGGAGAGAGAGAGAGAAAGAGAGAGAGAGAGAGAGAGAGAGAGAGAGAGAGAGAGAGAGAGAGAGAGAGAGAGAGAGAGAGAGAGAGAGAGAGAAAGAGAGAGAGAGAGAGAGAAAGCUAGACAGAGAGAGACAGAGAGAGACAGAGAGACAGAGAGAGCUUGAGAGAAUUUAGGUCCAAAAGGCUGAUUAGAUACUACUGCCUAGGAUAAGAGUUCCUUUCCUCUGGAUUUGGGUGUUUUUUCUUCCUUUUCUUUUUUUCCCCAUUACUCUCACUUCCUGGGGACCUGUAGCCAAGGUCUGUGAAAGAGGGAAGACGGACUGCAGAGAGGGUGGAUUGUCUGUAGGGAGGAAGGUCCGUUCAUAGGGAGGACCACUGCGUUCCGCUCCAGUGCCUCUGUAGUUUGCUGGAGUCCAGCUCUCGUCUUCCCCCGCCCCCUCUCCCUUGCACCUCCCCCCUUUUCCCUCCGCCCCCCCCCCCAUCCCCUUUUCAGCAUGGAAAGUCUCUAGGGGCCUUCUUCAGACUAAUCGAAGCGAGGCAACUUUGCUUUCUCGCGGGGGCCAGGGCAGGGCAGGGCAGGGCAGUACAGAGUAGAGCCAGGCAAAGUCGGGACUGGACCAACAACGGACCCAAUACCGCACGAUGACUGAAGAGAGCAAAGGGGAAGGCAAAGGAGAGAGCGGGAAAGAUCUAGAGAAGCAGCUUCGCCUCCGAGUGUGUGUCCUGAGCGAGCUCCUGAAGACAGAGAGGGACUAUGUGGGGACCCUGGAGUUUCUGGUGUCGGCCUUUUUGCACCGAAUGAUCCAAUGUGCAGCAUCAAAAGUUGACAAAAAUGUUACAGAAGAAACCGUGAAGAUGCUUUUUUCAAACAUUGAAGACAUACUUUCAGUUCAUAAAGAAUUCCUGACUGUGGUAGAAGAGUGUUUACAUCCUGAACCUAAUGCUCAACAGGAAGUGGGAACCUGCUUUCUUCACUUUAAAGAUAAAUUUCGUAUUUAUGAUGAAUACUGCAGUAAUCAUGAAAAGGCACAGAAAUUGCUUCUUGAGCUUAACAAAAUAAGAACUAUACGGACAUUUCUCUUGAACUGCAUGCUCCUUGGAGGAAGGAAGAACACUGAUGUUCCAUUGGAAGGCUAUUUAGUGACACCAAUACAAAGAAUUUGCAAGUAUCCUCUUCUUUUGAAGGAGUUGCUGAAAAGGACUCCAAGGAAACACAGUGACUAUGCAGUCCUGAUGGAAGCCCUCCAGGCCAUGAAAGCUGUUUGUUCCAACAUAAACGAGGCCAAGAGACAGAUGGAAAAAUUAGAAGUCUUGGAGGAGUGGCAGUCUCAUAUUGAAGGCUGGGAGGGUUCCAACAUCACUGAUACCUGCACUGAAAUGCUAAUGUAUGGGGUUUUGUUGAAAAUCUCUGCAGGAAAUAUUCAAGAACGAGUGUUUUUUCUUUUUGAUAAUCUUUUAGUGUAUUGCAAAAGAAAACACAGGCGGUUAAAGAAUAGCAAGACUUCUAUAGAUGGUCACCGUUAUCUUUUUCGUGGCAGAAUCAAUACUGAAGUGAUGGAAGUCGAAAAUGUGGAUGAUGGAACAGCUGACUUCCACAGUAGUGGACAUAUAGUCAUUAAUGGUUGGAAGAUACACAAUACAGCAAAGAAUAAAUGGUUUGUGUGUAUGGCUAAAACACCCGAAGAAAAGCAUGAAUGGUUAGAGGCUAUUAUGAAAGAAAGAGAAAGGCGGAAAGGUUUAAAACUGGGGAUGGAACAAGAUACCUGGGUUAUGAUCUCUGAACAGGGAGAGAAACUUUACAAAAUGAUGUGUCAACAAGGAAAUCUCAUUAAAGACAGAAAGAGAAAAUUGACUACCUUCCCUAAAUGUUUUCUUGGAAGUGAAUUUGUAUCCUGGUUGUUGGAGAUUGGUGAGAUUCACAAACCUGAGGAAGGAGUCCAUUUAGGACAAGCAUUAUUAGAAAAUGGCAUUAUCCAUCAUGUUACUGAUAAACAUCAAUUCAAACCAGAACAGAUGUUAUAUAGAUUCCGCUAUGAUGAUGGGACAUUUUAUCCAAGAAAUGAAAUGCAGGAUGUAAUUUCCAAGGGUGUAAGGUUGUACUGCCGCCUUCAUAGUCUUUUUACUCCAGUGAUAAGGGAUAAAGAUUACCAUCUAAGAACCUACAAAUCUGUGGUCAUGGCCAACAAAUUGAUAGACUGGCUAAUUGCACAGGGAGAUUGCCGGACCAGGGAAGAGGCAAUGAUCUUUGGUGUGGGUCUUUGUGACAAUGGAUUUAUGCACCAUGUUCUUGAAAAAAGUGAAUUCAAAGAUGAGCCCCUACUUUUUCGUUUUUUUGCGGAUGAAGAAAUGGAAGGAUCAAAUAUGAAGCAUAGACUUAUGAAGCAUGAUUUAAAAGUUGUGGAAAAUGUUAUUGCUAAAUCAUUAUUGAUUAAAUCUAAUGAGGGAAGUUAUGGCUUUGGAUUAGAAGAUAAAAAUAAAGUACCGAUAAUUAAAUUAGUGGAAAAGGGAUCAAAUGCAGAGAUGGCUGGAAUGGAAGUUGGAAAGAAGAUUUUUGCCAUUAAUGGUGACCUAGUUUUUAUGAGACCUUUCAAUGAAGUGGAUUGCUUCUUGAAAUCAUGCUUAAAUAGCAAAAAGCCUCUCCGUGUUCUUGUGAGCACAAAACCAAGGGAGACAGUGAAAAUUCCAGAUUCAGCAGAUGGCCUUGGAUUCCAGAUUCGGGGAUUUGGUCCUUCUGUGGUACAUGCUGUUGGAAGAGGUACUGUGGCUGCAGCUGCUGGUCUUCACCCUGGACAAUGCAUAAUCAAAGUAAAUGGAAUUAAUGUCAGCAAGGAGACACAUGCCAGUGUAAUUGCCCAUGUCACAGCUUGUAGAAAAUAUAGGCGACCUAUGAAGCAAGAUUCUAUACAGUGGGUCUAUAACAGUAUUGAGAGUGCUCAAGAGGAUCUUCAGAAAACAAACUCAAAACCUCCAGGGGAUGAUGGAGGGGAUGCUUUUGAUUGCAAAGUAGAAGAAGUAAUUGACAAGUUCAAUACAAUGGCUAUCAUUGAUGGGAAGAAAGACCAUGUGAGUUUGACUGUGGACAAUGUUCACCUGGAGUAUGGUGUUGUAUAUGAGUAUGAUAGCACUGCCGGCAUAAAAUGCAAUGUGGUAGAAAAAAUGAUUGAACCCAAAGGCUUCUUCAGCUUGACUGCAAAGAUUCUCGAAGCUCUGGCCAAAAGUGAUGAACAUUUUGUGCAAAACUGUACUAGUUUAAACACUUUAAAUGAAGUCAUCCCCACCGAUCUCCAAAGUAAAUUUGGCACCAUUUGCAGUGAUAAAAUUGAGCACAUAUGUAGAAGAAUAUCCAGUUAUAAAAAGUUUUCACGAGUACUUAAGAAUAGGGCUUGGCCCACGUUUAAACAGGCCAAAUCAAAAAUCUCCCCAUUGCACAGCAGUGAUUUCUGUCCUACUAACUGCCAUGUCAACGUCAUGGAAGUCUCUUAUCCCAAAACCUCAACAUCCCUGGGGAGUGCCUUUGGAGUUCAACUGGACAACAGGAAACAUAAUUCCCAUGAUAAAGAAAAUAAAGUUUCUGAACAAGGAAAACUAAAUCCUAUGGUCUAUAUCCAGCAUACCAUUACUACCAUGGCAGCCCCUUCAGGACUGUCCUUGGGACAGCAGGAUGGGCAUGGCCUCCGGUAUUUGUUAAAAGAGGAGGACUUAGAAACACAAGAUAUCUAUCAGAAAUUGUUGGGUAAACUUCAGACUGCUUUGAAAGAAGUGGAAAUAUGUGUCUGUCAAAUAGAUGACCUUCUGUCUUCAAUAACAUAUUCUCCCAAAUUGGAACAUAAAACAUCUGAGUCUUUAAUACCAACUGACAGUGACAAUGAGAAGGGAGAAAGGAAUGGAAAAAAGGUCUGUUUUAAUGUAGCAGGAGAUGAACAAGAAGAUUCAGGGCAUGACACUAUCAGCAAUAGGGAUUCCUACAGUGACUGUAACAGCAAUAGAAAUUCCAUUGCCUCUUUCACUAGUAUAUGCAGUAGCCAGUGCAGUUCUUACUUUCACAGUGAUGAAAUGGACUCAGGUGAUGAACUUCCCUUGAGCAUCCGAAUAUCCCAUGAUAAACAGGACAAGUUACAUGGCUGUUUAGAGCAUCUCUUCAGUCAGGUGGACUCCAUUACCAAUCUUCUUAAAGGGCCUGCUGUAGUGAGAGUGUUUGAACAGACCAAGUACUUCACACCUGGUCGAGGAUUACAAGAGUUUCAACAGGAAAUGGAACCUAAGCUAAGCUGUCCAAAAAGACUUCGGCUUCAUAUCAAGCAAGAUCCUUGGAAUCUUCCCAGCAGUGUCCGGAAUCUUGCACAGAAUAUCAGAAGAUUUGUUGAAGAGGUGAAGAGUAGAAUACUUUUGGCUCUUCUUGAAUAUACAGACAGUGAGAUACAGCUCAGAAGAGACAUGGUUUUCUGCCAAAGCCUAGUGGCCACAGUCUGUGCCUUUUCUGAGCAACUAAUGGCUGCCUUAAAUCAGAUGUUUGACAACAGCAAAGAGAACGAGAUGGAGACUUGGGAAGCCAGUAGACGAUGGCUGGACCAGAUCGCCAAUGCAGGAGUUCUUUUUCACUUUCAGUCAUUGCUCUCACCCAACUUGACUGAUGAACAAGCGAUGCUAGAAGACACACUUGUUGCAUUAUUUGAUUUGGAAAAGGUUUCCUUUUAUUUUAGACCAGCAGAACAAGAUCCACUAGUCGCAAACAUGCCUCUUACGUACCAAGCAGAAGGGAGUCGGCAAGCUUUGAGGGUUUAUUUCUACAUUGAUAGCUAUCACUUUGACCAGUUGCCUCAGAGAUUGAAGAAUGGAGGAGGUUUUAAAGUCCAUCCGGUUCUUUUUGCACAAGCACUGGAGAGCAUGGAAGGAUAUUAUUAUCGAGACAGUGUUUCAGUGGAAGAAUUUCAAGCCCAGAUUAAUGCUGCUUCAUUGGAAAAAGUUAAACAGUAUAACCAGAAGCUCAGGGCUUUCUACCUGGACAAGUCAAAUUCACCUCCUAAUUCCACAUCUAAAGCAGCUUAUAUAGAUAAGCUCAUGAGACCUCUGAAUGCUUUGGAUGAACUUUAUCGCCUGGUAAUCUCAUUCAUUAGAUCAAAACGAACAGCAGCCUGUGCUUACACAGCGUGCAGUGCCUCAGGAGUUGGACUGCUGUCAGUUUCUUCAGAACUCUGCAACAGGCUAGGGGCAUGCCACAUCAUCAUGUGCAAUAGUGGAGUGCAUAGGUGUACUCUGAGCGUUACUUUGGAGCAGGCUAUAAUUCUGGCUAGAAGCCAUGGACUUCCUCCUCGGUAUAUCAUGCAAGCUACAGAUGUAAUGCGAAAGCAGGGAGCAAGAGUGCAGAAUACAGCCAAGAACUUGGGAGUCAGAGACCGGACGCCACAAUCUGCACCAAGGUUGUACAAACUCUGCCAACCACCUCCUCCUGCUGGAGAAGAAUGAAGCAAAAUUCUCAAGAAGGCAAAUGACUGCUUCUGGACUAGGAACCACUAACCGAAGCCAGGAUGUUUCCCAGGACAUCAUGUCUUGAUUUUGGAUAAACUUCUGCACUAAAGAAAUUAUUUGUUUAGAACUUUUUUAUCAUAGUUACUUAUGAAGAAAAAGAAAAAGUGAAAAACAAAACCAUAGAUUAGGGGAUCUAAUUGACAAUAUUCCUAUUACAAAACUGUUAGCUAACUCAUUCUGCAACUGUUUAACCUGGGAGAAUGAUACUGGAAAUGUGUUCAGUUUCCAACAGAUAGCCCAGACUCACGAAUCAAACUCUAAUCGUAGAUUAGUAUAACACAUCAAAUUUUAAAAAGAUUUUGCCAUUCAUUCUUGAAAUUUAAAGAAAAAUCAAGGAACACUUUAAGUUACAAAGUUUUUGAAAUUACUUUUUUUUUCCAUUUCAAUCUGUUGAAGGCAUCAGUAUUGAUAACUUAGGCUAUUUCAUUUCAUUUAAUUUCUCUUCCCUAAUUUGAAGAAUGAUGUAAUAAUGAACAGUUCUAGUUCACAAGAGUUAUCAUCCUGGGAAUAUGGUUACCCUUUUUAAAUGCCUCCAAAAUCUUUCUUUUCUCAGUUGAGAGAUGGGGAUGGGAGAAGGAAAAAUGGAUUUUUGUUUAACUAAAAAAAAUUAAAUUGAAACCCUUCUAAAAGAAAAUUUUAAAUAUUUUGUCUUCUCUAUUACUAUCCUCAAGUUUUCUUAGCAUCAGGAAAAAGCAUUAUCUAUUCCUAUAGCAAAAUUUGAUCAUUCUUAGUUCACUGUCUUGAACCUUUCAGGGUUCAAAGGUAGAUAAAUGGGAGAAUUGAUAAUCAACCUUCCAGAUAGCCCCCCUUCACCCCUGUCUAAUGCUUAAUUUACACCUAGUUACGCCAACAAAGCAUUCUUUGCCCCUCCACCCCCCACCCCUCAGUGUUCAUGUCUCUUGCUCUAAGUGUAUAAAUGAGAGACUGUAUCAGUUGAAUACCAGAUUUGGAGUCAAGAGAACCUAGAUUUGAGUUCUGCCAAUAAUAUGUACUAGCUAUAUGAUUUUGGGCAAGUCAUUUAACCACUCAGUGAACCCAGGCAAUUCUCUUAAUAUUAUUCUAUAAAUGAAUUGGAGAUCUAUUUAUCUUAGGAGGAAACCCCCACAUUAAUUAAUUCCUUAGUCAGGACUCUUCAAUCUCCAUCCCCACCCUCUUCCUCCAAAUGUUGUGUGUGAAUAUGUAGAAAAAUCUUUACCUCUCUGCUGUGUAAUUCUCUUCCUGCCUUCUUGAAAGACUAGUGUGUUGGGGUGGAGGAUUGUCAACAGAGACAGUACAAGGAAAAAAAUUGGCCUUAUUAUGAGUCUGAUUUUAAUACUUAGCUCUUUUAAAAUGUGUUUGAAGAACUAAAACACUUGAUCCCCUCCCCACCCCUCAUAAGACUGUUUCCCAUAGAGAUUUUGGAGUUUUAGCAGAGAGCAUAAUGAUUUGUAUUCUAGUAUCAUUUGUAAUAAUUUCUAUGACUUUUUAAAAAAGUCUGAAUCCUUCACAAUUCUUGGAAAUGUUGUAUGUUUAUUGUCUUUAUUUUAAACAAUACCUAAAAUAUGUAAGAUUUAAAAGUUGGUGAGUUGUUUUGGUUAUUGGGUUAUAAACCCAGUAUUAUUAUCAUUUUUUUAAAAAUUCACUACUAUUAGAAUAAUGAGCUCACAUUUAAUGGAUUUGUGAUUGUUAUCCUGGUUCAGCUUAAUUUAUUUAUGUAAAAUUAUUAUGUUCCUAAGCAUAUAAAGAGAAACGUAUCUUCUGAAAUUAAAUUUUACUUGUGAAAUUUAUCACCACUAUUAAAAACUGCUACCAUUAUUGGCAGUGACCUUGAUAAAAAUGGAAUUUGGUUCAUAUGUAAACCUGCAUACAUACAUAUAUACAUAUAUGUGUAUAUAUACUCACACUGGAUUACAAUUUAUUUUCCAUAAUGGCAUCAUAGGUUUUUAUAUAGCCACUGCGAUAUAUACAUAUUUCUAAGGAUUUUAAAAAACUUGAAAGUUUUGGCAAAUUAUUUUAGUAGGUAUAGUAUACAUAAUGGAACUUGGAGCCUUUUUUAAAAGCCUUAAUAUAAGUUUGUAUAAGUAGUUGUCAGUAAUAGUUUUCUGCCCAUUUUAAAUAUAUGUACAUGUAUAUACCUAAUGAUUAUAUGUAGCAAAUAUCACUGAGCCCUCAGAAGCUUCAGAAACUUAAAAAAAUCUGAAAGCCUCUUAACUUCUCAUCCAUCGAGAUGAGCAGGUCUUUACAAAACUUUCCUCAAAUCUGAGAUUCCUCAAUAUUGUGUCAGUAAUACUGUUUACCAUACUUUGACAUCCAUGGGAGAUAAUAACUAGUAAGCAAUUUUAGAUAUAUGGAUCUAUACUUUGAAAAUAUAACUUCUUGCUAAAAUUUUGCAUUUUAAUAAUGUUAUACUCUUUUAAAAAGAAUUAGUGCUGGGGAGUUAUACUUUCAAAUAUACUAACAUCAGCAUAGUUUGUCAGUGCAAAAACAAACACCAACUGGAAACAACUAAAAUGUCCAAUAACUGACAGCUGGCUACAUAAAGUGUGGUAUAUAAUUAUGGACUGUAAUUAAAAUUGAUAUUAAUGAUGAAUAUAAGGAUAUUUAGAAAAAAAGAAGUGAAAAUAUUCAAAGAAAGCCAAAUAAGAAAAAGAAAGUGCUUACUGAGUACAACUAUAAAAAGAAAAAAAUAAAAGGAAGACUCAGCAAGAAUAAUCAAACAAGUAAGUCGAUAUAGACAUUUAAUAAGCUGAACUUCAUAUAUACACAUGUAAACAGUCAUAAGUUAUUUUAAUUUGUUUCAUUGAUGUUUAAAUUAAAUAAAUCACCAAUCUAAAAAUUAUGUUACAGAAACUGGUCUACAAUGCCAUAAACAUGUUCCUUGAUAAAUAUCAUUAAAAAAAGUAAAGAAUUUCUUUCUGGUAAGAGGUACCCAUAAUAUAACAAGACUAAUAAUUCUUCGUUUCAGAUCUUUACAUUUCAUUUGUGCAUUACCUCUCCCCCCUUCCAGGAAGAAGUAAGCCAAGCCUAUUGCUAGAACAUACAAAAUCAUGCUUAGAAGAAAUAUAGGAGGAAAUUCAUCUACAUACACAUGUAUAUCUCUCUCUUAAUAUCAAAGACAGCACAAAACAGCAGGACUGAGUUUCUUAUUAUUAUCUAAACAAAAGUGAAAGUGUAUUAGAAGACAUUUCCAAAUAUCUGGCAAAGUUAAUAUUGAAUUUUUUUAUUCGUCAAUCAAAGUAAAAACAUGAAAACUUUGAGGGAGCAUGAAUUUUGCAAACAUUUAGAUCACAGGAGGGCUUAUGAGUUUGAUUAAGAUACUUUAAGUUGAAUUUUUGAUGUAAAAUAUUUAAAUCGUGUCACCUUAAUUUUGGCAAGAUAUUAGUAUUCACUAUUUAAAAAACUACUUUAAAUAGUCUUCAAGGUAGUAAUGCAAAUAUUAUCUGGUGUCUCUUCCAUUAAAUUGUGAGAUUCUUGAGGGCAAGGACUGUCUUUUUGUAUCCCCAGUGCUUAGCAUAUUGUCCUGCACAUAGUAGGCGCUUAAUAAAUGUUUAUUGAUCAAUUGACUACUCUUAAUUAUAGCAAAAUUGGCUUCAGAAGUGGUGAGAUCAUGCUAUUAGAUGCUAUUAUGAACACACUACCACAUUAUUUUUAAAACACACACACACACACAUACACACACACACACACGCGCACACACAUACCCACCUAUGCAAAACAAAAAUAAACACUUGCCUAGACAAUAAAAAACAAACAAACAACAACAACAACAACAAAAAUAACCUGACCUGUGGUUUUAACAGUGUUAGAAACUCCUAAUGAAUUACUUCCUUUACCAAUGCAGAUUGGUACCUUCACUGCAAUUUAACAGUUUUACAGAGUGUUUAGGUUAAUGAGAUGUUAAUUAAAUUGCCAGAGAAUCAUGAAGGCAAUGUAUGUCUGAGCUGAAACUUAAUUCUAGAUCUUAAUGAAUACAGUCUGGUCUCUCUCUCCACUACCCUGCACUGCCUUUUUUCACAUACAGUAAAAUCUCAUUAUUUUUGCUAAUUGUAUAUGGAUUUCAUAUCAUAUUCAUAAUAUAUGAGUAGCAGUUAAAAUCUACUUUACCUCUAACUUGAAAUUGGGAGUUUGCUUUAAAAAAAUAGUAACCAGCAGGAUGCUUGGGGUAAGGUAAUGUAGGAGCAUAGGCUAUUAAAAAUAAUCGUAGCAUAUAAAUUAUUUGUCUCCAAAAAGAUUAAAAUUAUAAAUGCCAUCUAAGCAGAAUUUCAACUUCUAAACACUUUGUUGACAGUUACAAUGAAGCACUCCAAGGUUACAAAACAUUUCAUAUCAUGUGUUCUGUACUGAGGGCAUUUCACUCAUUCAGGAUAGACUUUUUCCAAAAUGAGAACAUUUCCCUUGUUUUUAAUAUUCUUUACAUGUUUACCUUCCUAAUGACAUUUCACAGUAAUAAAGCUAUUCUUUUCUCUUAUCCAACUGUUGUUGGUGCUAUGGCAAUAUGUGACAAUUUUAUUACAGCACUCCCCUCCCACCCCCCCCACCCCCCCACCCCUGUAAGAUUUGACUUAGCCACAUUGUGAGCCUGGUGUAGAAAUAGAUGGGUUUGCAGAGUCAGUCCAAUUGAAAAAAUGUGGUAAAAAGAAGAAAAGAAAUCAUCUUAAACUGAUUCAUAACCAUCAAAAUUACCUUUAAAGACAAGAAUAAGUCUUUAUUCCACUGUGUUUCUAUUUUGUGAGAUAAACUUAGGAUAGGCUAAGUUCCUUUCCAGGUGAGAGUAUCUCUGGGCCAUCAAGGCAACGUUCUUCCAAAAUACUGGCCAUGCCAGUCUUGUGCAGUGUAGUUCCAUGAUAGUCAUUAAUGUCUAACAGUUGUCAUUUUUGGGGUAGGAUAAUUUUGGAAUCCAAUAUCAGUAAGCUUAUUAAAAGGUAUACAUUGGCUAUUUUAAGCAGUCUGCCUAUGCUCUGGCAUUUGAUUAAACAACAGUUUGAUUUUAAGGUUCUGCAGAAAAAUGUUAGAACUUUUUCUUUGUAAAUCUGAUUUUCAUGUUGCUGGGUAUGUAUGUAAAUAUAUAUAUGUAUGUAUACAUAUUUAUAUGUGUGUAUAUACACAUACAUAUGUCUCUCUAUAUAUAAAUUCACUAAGUGCUUUUAUUUUGAGAGUAGAUGCAUAUUUUUUAUAAUGACUGCCCCCACCCCCUUGAGAUGCCAGGUUAUCACUAUGUAUAUGAUAUAUAUGUAUAUGUAUAUACUUAUAUAUGUAUAGGUAUACAUAAAGUAUUCUGAUGCCAAAUGACCAGUGUCCAUUGAAUACUUUUUUUUUUCCUGAUGAGACAUCUCUUCGAAUAGAAGUGACUUCAACAUGUCCCCUAAAGAAAUGAUCAGGAACCAUGCUGUUAGCUUUGUAGGAAAUAUUUGUUUGGGAAUUGGAAGAUAAGAUUUCUAUGGAGUUUAUCAUAAUGAAAUGAGUGACUACAUAUGAUGCUUACAGGCCAAUGGGUCCAGUGUUCUAAUGCUGGAUGUGUUAUACUUAUAUGCGAUAUCCUUGGAUGUCCUCCCAACAUCUCUUGAGUAUUCAUGAUUACUUAUGUUCUUUCUUAGUUUAAAAUAGUUGCUCUGCAGCACAGUUGCAUGGUAGCAUCAUGUAUCUAUACCAUAUGAAGCCAAGAAUACUGUUCAUGAAAGCCUUCAGUAAAAAUGCUUCAGUUAAAUCAGUUAUAUGUUCAGAUAAGUAUAUUUUUUGUAAUGCCUCAGUAAAUAUGUAGAGCAUAUGUUUUGCUUUUUAAAAAUAUUUUAUAUGUAUUCAUUUAAACCAGGUAUUCAUUAUUUGAAAAAUUAAAACCCCAAUAUAGAGUGUUCUGUUGUAAUGCAUAAAAAAUUGAUGUAUAAUGCUUGUAAUUUAAUAGUAAAAUUCAUUGAAAUAUGAUGCUAAAGUACAGCAUUUUUGUAAAGUAUUAAUGUAACAUACUUUGAUUCACUAUUUGGUUCUUCAUUGGAAUUUAUCAAAGUUCAUUAUAUAUGGUUUAUUUUUUGUCCACAUUAAUGACUGGAAUAGUAAUCUCAUGUCAUAGAAUUUCAUUAAUAAAGUGAAAUUUAGUGCCUAAAA